AUGCACACAGUUAAUAACGCUCGUUCUCCGCCCUCCACUCCGGCUCCGUCACCGAACCGGGCUGGGAUAACGGCGAAUCAGCAAGAUAAAGCUCAAUCUCCACCAUCUCAUCCAUCCAUUGCCUCUCUAACUUCCACCAAUGUGCCAGGCUCCUCAGAUGGUUCACGGCCCGCCCAUGAUCAUGUUAGCAGGAAGAAGGGUUGCGAAAUCUGCAUGGAGAAUUUUGGAGAAGACCAGUUUCCCUUCCGAUGCUAUAAGUGUCUCCGCAAAAAGUUCUGCAUCAGCUGUAUCAAGGAAUGGUUCCUGUUGUCCUGUAUGGAUCCAUCAAAUAUUCCAGUAAGAUGCUGUGUCCCUAUACCGGUGGCACUCGUCGAUGAUCUGCUGUCUAUCGAAGAGGUCGAGUACUACAAAUCGAAAUUCGUGGAGCACAGCACACAGAACCCACUUUACUGCCCAAAUCCGACUUGCUCAACAUUCAUCCCUCCAAGGCUCUUCUAUGAUCCAAAGAAGGCAUCUCCGGUGCCACAAGCCGAAGCAUUGAUUGACAACUACGACUGUGGAUACCCUAUGCAAGUUGAUACGCCCCGUCUGGUGGGUAAUGUUACAUGUCCAACAUGUCAAGCCUUGGUUUGCCUUUCAUGCCGAUCCUCGCAUGAAAAUUUCCUCGAAGCGACCACUGGGGAGAUACUAGAGAAAGAGGACUUCAAGCGGUGCCCUGAGUGCGCGAUAGGUAUCCAAAAAAUUGGAGGAUGUGACCUUGUAGUAUGUCGCUGCGGCACAUGUUUCUGCUGGGAAUGUCUCCAACUAAACAAUUUCUGUAUAUGUUCCCGGCAAUAUGAAGGCGCAGACGAGACCGGUGAGAUUGACGUCGACGAAAAUGGCAAUUCCCACGAUACUAAGGAUGCAUUGGGCAGCGCUGUAUCUGAAGGUGGAUGGAAUUGGGGGUGGCGAUGUGAGCACAAAUGGACGGCACCCAACGUUUUUUUCCCAAGGGAGGGGCAGGAGUGCUACCGUUGCGUCGAGACAAUCAAGUUUGCCGACCCAGCAGAGACUGAUGCGAACUCGCCCACCAGAUCUGAGGACAUGGUGGAAUCUUCGCCUGCUAUAGAUAAAGAAGAGCCAUUGGAACCCAGGCCUGACAGGACACCUUGGGAGUGUAAAUACUGCUCAAUGCUUAUUUGUGGGGACUGCAAAGUUGCCGAGGGAUGA